GGUGGGGGAGAAGCCGGGCGGAGUGGGCUCGCGGGCGGGGGGUCGGAGCUGGUACGACUGUCGGGGGUUUUCUCGCUCUGGGAAGAUUCUUCAAACAAUCACUAUGUCAACCGACACAGAUGUUUCUCUUUCUUCGUAUGAUGAAGAUCAGGGAUCUAAACUUAUCCGAAAAGCUAGAGAGGCACCAUUUGUCCCCAUUGGAAUGGCAGGUUUUGCAGCAAUUGUUGCAUAUGGAUUAUACAAAUUGAAGAGCAGGGGAAAUACUAAAAUGUCCGUUCACCUGAUCCACAUGCGUGUGGCAGCCCAAGGCUUUGUUGUGGGAGCAAUGACUCUUGGUAUGGGCUAUUCCAUGUAUCGGGAAUUCUGGGCAAAACCUAAACCUUAGAAGAAGAGCUGCUGUCUUGGUCUUGUUGGAGGAGCUUGCUUUAGUUUUUGAGGUUACUUAUCUAUGUCAAAAAUAAAUUAUGAGUUCAGACAAUAAUACAGUAUUUUGAAUAUUGGCUUCGUUUCUUGUAGGUUUGAUUUGCCUGGUGACCAAAUGACUAGUGACUAGUUCACUAACUAGGUCAUUCAGGGGAGUCAAGGCAACACAAAAAGAAACAUGUCACCUAAAUGUACUUGAAGGUGUUAAAAUGUCCACCUUCUUAAACCAUUAAAUGAAAUUAGUUCUAAAGAGGACAGCAGGCCAACCCUGAAGUACUCCCAGUUUGCUGCAGAAUAUCGCAUGCUUUGCAUGUCAUGUAGCAGUCCUGUUUACCCCAGUUAAUUUAACUUUUUUCUGCCUGUCUUGGGGACUGAUUGAGUACUUCAGUUUUGGGGAUUGAUUGGCUCUUUUAGAACUCUUUAAAAAAAGUGCAUGAAUAUAAUUUGUAAAAGCCUUUCAAAAUUGAAAGUGUAUAUGUAUGUGUUUAAACCAAGCCUAGAAAGUUUACAACAGAGCUGCAUAGUAGUAGUAUUUAUUUCAGAAUCACAAUUGUAAACAUGAGAAAAACUUAAUUAUGGAUUCCAGUUUAGUUCUUUUGUAAUUGCAAAAUUGUAUUUUUGCUGCUGUUAUAUUUUAGUAAUUUUUAAAUGUCACCUUGAAAUAGAAAUAUGUAUUUUAAGCACUAAUGCAUAAGUAAAUAAAGAACUUUUUUAAGUGUG